CUCUCUUGAAUCCUCUACAGCGGGUCGUGUGUUUUGGUAGUAAGUAGGGUGAGAAAAUUCCCAAAAAGUUAAGAGAGUGCGGACUAACUGACCUUUUUUACUAAAUAACAAGAUACUGCGUGUAUUAGCUUUUUAAUUUUAAUGUGGAGUUGACAGGUCUUGUUCCAAAUGUUGCUGGCGGAAGUCAAAAAGCUGAAAGUGGUCGAGUUGCGGGCCAUGUUAUCGGAGCGAGGACUCGACCCGAAGGGCCUGAAGGCCGAGCUGGUGGUGCGGCUCAUUUCUGCGAUUGAAGCCGGUGUUGAACCUAUCAAAAGUGGAGAUGAAGGGGGAAAUGUUUGUGAAGCGACGAGUACAGAGCCUGCAGAACAGCCGCCGAAGCCUCACUCUCUGGAGCGCGAGCCGUGUGUUAGGACGCAGUCUCCAGUAUGCACUAGUUCUACAAGCAAGAGCAUGAAUGUUUACGCUGAUCAAAGUACACAGACUGACCCACAUCAGCUCUGCUCAUGCACUGCCCCAAGAGCCAUCGCAGAGCCGCUGUCGGUUAGGACACCAGAGGCCGUUACUUUCAGAGACGACAGACAACAGAGCAAUCCACAGUCUGUACAUCCUGUCGCCUUGGCAACCGCUGCUCCAGAAGAAGAGGAUGCAGUGUCAGGAUGCACAUCAUCAUCAGUCUUGGCCAUUUCACCACAACCAGAAACACCACAGGAGCACGACCAGUGUGGAGCUGAAACAGUGGACUACAGCAUAGAGGAAAACACGGAGCUGAGGAGAGGAAGAGAUUAUUAUGAGUUCAAAGAGGACGUUCAUUACAACAGAGCUAAGACUGCAGAACUGCUGCCGGAGCCUGAGGAAGAAGCUAAAUUCGAUUUUGAGGAUGUUCGACUGGAUUCCGAUAACUGUGACCUGCAUUUCGAGGUGGGUUCUGAUGGAAGCAGCGGUCAGCCACUCUUCUGGGAGAGAUUCCCUCUUCUUUGGUCAGGGUGCAGGAUGACCCAUGGAUUUUGUCAUGGGAAGGUCGGAUUCGAAGCCAAGUUUGUGAAGCGACUGUCGGCACCUGCAAUAGCCACGAGCGACGACCCUGAUCCACAUGUGCUCAGAGUGGGCUGGUCUGUGGACAACACAAGCCUUCAGUUAGGAGAGGUGGAGCUGUCGUAUGGUUUUGAUGGACGGGGGAGGAUAGUAACUGGAGGAAAGGAAGAGGCAUUUGGUGAGCCCUUCACAGAAGGAGAUGUCAUCGGUUGCUGUGCAUUCAUCAGUGAGACUGGAGAAGCGACACUUUCAUUUCACAAAAAUGGGCGUUUUCUUGGAGUGGCGUUUCGCCUGACGUCUUCUGCUCUUAGAGGAAAAGCUCUCUAUCCCCACGUGCUUUGCAAAAACUGUUUGGUUUUGGUGAAUCUUGAUCCAGAUACUCCCUGGCAUCCUUUUCCUGCUGGUUUCUGCACACUAGUCAUACUUCCUCCUGGUCAAAGGACUCGUGAGUCUUUGCCGACAGCAUCUAAAAGUGAAUGUGAGGUGCUGAUGAUGGUUGGUAUGCCAGGUUCUGGUAAGACCCACUGGGCUCAGGCUCAUAUGCUCCAGAACCCAAGGAAACGUUACAAUCUUCUGAGUACAAACUCCAUUUUGAACUGCAUGAGGGAGCCUCCUGGAGCCAAUCACAGAGACCUGAUGCUGCAACAGGCCACUCAGUGUGUCAGUCAGCUGAUCAAAAUAGCUGCAACCAAGCGGAGGAACUACAUCCUUGAUCAGGCCAACAUUUAUCCAUCUGCCCAGCGACACAAGAUGCUCUGUUUCCGUGGUUACCAGCGAAGAGCGGUGGUGGUUUUUCCACCUGACGAGGUGUGGAGGAGACGUCUCAUACAGCGCCAACAGGACGAGGGCAUGGCAGUUCAGGAAAUGUCUCUUCACAAAGCCAAAGUGAGCUUCACACUGCCAGAGCAGGGAGAGCAUCUGGAUGAGGUGACGUUUGUGGAGCUCGGCCCUGACGAGGCCCUGAAGCUCUUAACACAUUAUAAAGAGGAAGCACGCCGCCUCUUACCCACACCUCCCAAACGCAGAAAACACAGACAAGGAAGUCAAAAACGCCUCGUUCAUCAUUGUGGCUGGAGGGGAGGUCCAUUCGGCUGUCACAAUCAACACCCCCACUGUGCAUCUCAGAAAGCACAUAGUCGCCGUCCAUCUGCCUUCGGAUGUAGCAGUGACCCUCAGAGAUACAGGAAGUAUUACAGGCCGUACACUGGGCAGUGGAGCUUUUCUGAGCAAAACCAGAGUUAUGGUAGCAUUUAUUAUGGAUGUUCAAGUUAGUUGAAGGGUUUCUGAUAAACCCCAAACUUUUGUGUAGCAGGAAAAACACUCCAAAUCAGCAUGUUUUUUGAUUAGCAGUGCUUCACCUUUACUACAGUAAGUGGCUCUGUCUGUCUGUAAUUUCAUUAAGAAAGGUCAUUGCUUAAUGAGGAGCUAGCU